UUUCAUCUGAAUGAGACACAUGAGAAUAACUGGGAGAAGUGCAGCUACUGCUGGGGUGGGGGGCUGGCUAGUGCUGUUCUGUCAGGCUGAUUCAUGCUGCCCACACGGCUCUGCAGCCUCGCUCAGACUCUACCAUUGCUCGCUGCUGCCGCUUUACAGAAGCCUUCCAUCUCCUUGCUCUCCAUCUCUCCCUGUGCCCUGCUCCCCUGUGUCCCUCUCCACUUCAGCACUUCUGCCAGCAGGGCCAGGUUCCUGAGGACCAUGCCCUGCCCCAUGGGCCGGCUCUAGCAGUGUCCCUCCCCUCCCCCCAGUGUGUUGGAACCUGUUGGUAACCAGUUCCGGUGAGGAAGUGCAGCCUGAUGCCAUCCUGUGAUUUAGCAGCAGCCUGUUGGACUGGCUUGGCUUGUGUAACCAGGAGCUGGUGUGGCAGCCCAGGCACGUUAACUAGCCAUGCUCCAGGUGUGUGCUCACAGGUGCCGUCAGACUGGUAGCAGGGAGGGGAAUGCAGUCCAGAGGGAUGAUGCUAUGGAUGAGACUAAUACGCCCUAGAGUUUGAAGGCUGGAGCAGGAAGUGUGUCAGGGAAAUAGGACCUGAAAUCAGACUCCCCAUUAAAGGGUGCUUGGAGGGGGGCAGGACAUGACCCAGGUUGAAGGGUGGCAGAGGUAGCACCAUGCUACAGAACAACCUGCCACUAGCUCAGAAAAGGGCUUAAAUCCUGAACACACUGCAGCCUGACACGCUGGAUUUACCUGAGCUUUCCUUCCGCUUGGUGCUUUGGCUCCACUGCCGUGAUUUGUCUGUGAAAUGGGGUCACCUUGGGAGGGCUGGUGCACGUGGGCCAGGUGAGCGUGGGCAGGAUGUGGCGUAUCCUGACCUGUCAGUGCUAAUAGCUGUUCCCCGUUGGGAAGUGGGUGUAGCCGUCAGGAUCGCCUGCAGGCUCUGCAGAAGUUGUGCCGCUCUGGCUAAUUACUGGCUUGGCUGGUAUCUGUCAUGGGGUUCAGGCGCUCUGCCUGCCUGGAAUGCUUGGGAGGGUGGCCCUGUGUCACAGGGAGCUGGCCUGGAUACAGGCUCUACUUUCCCUCCCAGUACCACCACCGAGUCCUUCCCACUGCAUCUUUCUUGCUGCCAGUCAGCUGCCGCCCUGUCUCCUCUCACUGCAGCUCCAGAGGGAGAGGAGCAGCGUUCCCUGGGCAGAGGCACCGGGGCAGCAUGGUGCUGGAGGCCGUGAAGGCAAAGCUGCGGAGCAGAGCCAGGCAAUGCUGCUUCUCUCUGCUGGCCCUGCUCUACGUGUGGUGGCCGGCCUUUCUCACCCCCUCUCUCUGUUACAGGCUAGUGUUUGGGAUGCUCUAUCCGGCCUAUGCCUCCUACAAGGCAGUGAAAACCAAGAACAUCCGGGAAUACGUCCGCUGGAUGAUGUACUGGAUUGUGUUUGCGCUUUUCAUGGCUAUGGAGACUCUCACGGAUAUGUUCGUUUCCUGGUUUCCCUUCUACUAUGAGAUCAAGAUGGCAUUUGUCGUGUGGCUGCUUUCCCCCUACACCAAGGGAGCCAGCCUGCUCUACCGGAAAUUCGUGCACCCCACGCUGUCCCGCAGAGAGAAGGAAAUCGACCUGUACAUCAUCCAGGCCAAGGAGCGCGGCUACGAGACCAUGGUGAACUUCGGCAAGAAGAGCCUCAACAUCGCAGCCACAGCUGCCGUCCAAGCUGCGGCCAAGAGCCAGGGAGCCCUGGCUGGGCGUCUGCGCAGCUUCAGCAUGCAGGACCUGCGUGCCAUCCCUGAUGAUGCCCCCGUGCACUACGAAGACCCCUUGUACCUGGAGGAGCAGGAGAUGAGGAGGCGGCCGAUAGGUUACAGAACUGCCUCGGCCGGCCGGCAGCCUGGGCGCGAGAGUGACACGGAGGAAGAGGAAUGCUGGUCGGACUCCCAGAUCUCUCCCAAGGCUCUGCCCCGCAGCCGGGACUUAGCGCUGUCCAAAACAAUCUCCAGGAGCCAGAGCCUGCGCAUCGUGAAGAAGAGACCCCAAGUCAAAGAGGGCUCUUCCAGGCUGAUGCGGGGCCGGGCAAGGAAGAAGACGGUGCAGCCGGAUCAGGACAGUUAGUCAGCCCACGAGAGCUGGGCUUCACUGGGAAUCUUAACCUGACAUGAUUUGGCUGCCACGCCGGGGCGGCAUCUUUCUCCCUGGGGCCAUGUGCCACUUCCUGCUACAUGCCUGGCAGAGGAGAUUGCUGUUUCUAAUGGGGCAGGAGGUCCCCAUACACCCCACUGUAAAUAUCUUGUCCCUCCCCUGUCCUGAUAGGUCCCUGUACCUUCCUGUCAACAUCCUGCUGCUCUCUCUGCCCCAGGAGCUGCCUCUACGCACAAUGGUCCCCAUCCCCCUCGGUGUAAAUAGCCCAGCACCAGGCCUGUUGCACUCUGCACGUGGGCUUCACUCUUGACUCCCCUGCUGUUCUGCUGGGCCCCAGCAUGACUCCUCCAUAGCUGGGUUAGUGGCACUUUAGACCAUGGAGCUAUUCUCCUGAGCUACUUCACGUGCCCUGUCACUGUCCCAAGGGAAUGGCCCCCCUGUGUCUCCAUCGAUCUGCUGCAGGUCAGCUCCAGUGACUCUGACCCCUCCUGCUCCCAUCCUCCCUCUGACCCACUUAGUUCUGCCCGCCCAGGGCUGUCUCUUACAUCCCUGCCACUAGUCUCGUAGGGCGACGGCUCUUGUUUCACUCAGGUUUCUCUGCUGUCUGCCACUGCCCAGCUUGGGAGUGCUCUGCACUGCCCGGUGUGCCUGAGCACCCUGGGCGGGUGCAAUGAACUGCUUUCUCUCCUGCUUGUGGGUCAGGAGCUGUGGUGAGUAGCAGCCUGGACCAGGCCCAGGAGGGUCACAGGCACACUGUGUCCCGGGCGUUACAUCCUCCUGCUCUUCAGUCUCUAAUGCACAGGUUUGGGGGGAUAUUUAUUUGUAGUGUAACUAGCAGUUGCCUUAUGGAAUCUGAGACUCUCUCCGGUCCCUCUAUUCCUGGGGGUCCAGCAUAGCACGUUUGUGGCUGAAAUGAUUGAUGCUUUAAGCCAAGCAGAGCGCUUCUGUGAGCGGUCAACUCUCCAGAGAUCUGUCCUGCAUCAAAUGAUCCACCUCUGAAUGGAACGUACACAUCAGCACAGAGGCUCCCUUAGUUACUGUCUUGGUGAUCUCUUCUAAACAUCCCAGCCUUAUCGAAAGGCAGAGGUGCGAUGCGGUGAGAACUUCAAUGCUGUCUAAGUUGCACGAAACCAAAGACCUCAAAUGCCAAAAAUCCAUGCGCUCCUUUGCCUUUAGACCCAGAACACAGCGCUGGGAGCUGGUCACCUCUCUGCCCCAUGUGGAUUUCUGUACCACCCCCAUCUCCCCUGACAGCACCUCAAGGAUCAGACCCUCCACAGUCUUGCCUCAAAUCCUUGUUACUUGAAAACAGACUGACUGAUUGCUCUCUAGCCCCACUUCUGUGUCCUUCACUCUCAGCUGUUUUUUAUGUGAGACCCUCAUGUAUAGAGCUUUUGUAUAUUUAAAUACAUGAACUUGUGAAAUGA